ACUCAGCAAGUAAACACGGGUUGCGUUGAUCUCAUCAUCUCUGUGUAAAACCCAGCGAUUCAGCGAAGCGAUAUACAAAUCUCUUUCUCAUAAGGUGUUGUUUGAUGGUUUCAUGAUAAACCCAUUCCCGCCGGCCAACCGUCAAUGUCUUCUCCAGACUCUCCGUCCGUCGAAUUUCUUCACCAGCGAAUCAAACGCAAGUUCGAAGAUUACGACGACGACGAAUACGACGAUCUCUCCUACGACUUACCCGCCUUCAGGAUGAGAAAGGAUGAUCCUAACCCUAAUUCUCCUCCCGCCACCGCUUCCAGUAAUCCUUUCCUUGAUCAAAUCACUCGUCAACACUCUCACUUCCAAACUAGGGCUUCUACUUCCAGUUCCAGUUCCACCCAAGACUCCGCCUUCGUAUGGUAUCCUGAUCGUAUCCAAUUCUUCGUUCGUAUGAUCUCCGAAGCCAAAACCUUAGUUCUCCAUGGAAAACCAGACGACAAAGUCAAAUUAAUCCACGAGAAAAUCCAGGCCGCCACCGGAAUUCCGAUGGUCGAGCAGCGGUUGAUUUAUCGAGGCCGGCAGCUUCAGUGGGAUUAUAGUUUGGCUGAGUGUAAGAUAAAUAACGACGCAGGCUUGCAUUUGGUUGGUCGAAUGCGGAGUACGGAGCAUCCGCAAGCGUGGCAGUUGAUUGAUGAUUUGGUUUCGACGAUUUACAGGUUGUGCAAAGGAGAAAAGGGCCUUUGUCUGAAGUCUGUGAAAUCGCGGUUAACAGAGUUCUUGAACAUGACUGCCAAGUAUGAUAUCGGGGAUGAUCAACCGGCGCCUCAUCUGAAUAUAUUUCAAUCGUUAUGUGCUCCAGCAGCCCUGAUGAUGCUCUACAUGUCGCCUCAUGCAGGUAACAAAGAGUGUGCUCAAGAAUCAAUUCGACAUCUCCUUAAUUCUAGUAAAGAUACACUGUCAAGACCUAUAUAUUCACAGUGUGCGCCUAUAGCAUUAGAGUUCUGUAAAUUGCUCUGUAGAAUUUCAGGAAGAUCAGAUCCUUUGUAUGAAGAUUGCCGGAGUAGUCUAGGAUCAAUGGUGGAGUAUCUUAGAAUUGGAAGAAGCUCUCGGAAUUAUGAUAACAGCAGUAAUAAGCCUGUAAUCAUUACAGUUCAGGACAUUCUUCCAUAUGUGGCUGAGCUUGCAAACAACCUAACAGAGGGUUUGAUUUCCAGUGUGGAAGCCAUAGAUGAUGUCUGUCCUUCACCAAGUGAUGUCCUUGAGUUUGCUUCGUUCUUGCGUCCUCUCAAGGCUGCAAUCAAAGAUCAGACAGAGUUUGAGGGAAUCAUACCAAUACCAAGUAAGUCCACCUCCACCCUCCCUUGUGGCAGUGAUGAAAUCAAACUUCUUUACAUGAUCUUCAUUGAGCUUUUUGAGAAAGUUCAAAUGUGUCUUGAUAAAAUAGAGAGUUACUUAGCUACAGAAAAGAAAGGAUACUUCGGAUGGGAUUCUUAUCUUUCAAUCUUGAAGGAACUGCGAAGCAUUUCCAAACUAUACCAAGGUGCAGAAGAUUUCUUUUGGGAAAAUCUGAAAAGGAACAAGGUCUCAUUAUGCUAUCUGAUUGUUAAAUAUGCUAAAAGAGGUGAGGAUUACAAAUGGAUUCUUGGACAUAAAGAUGUUAUUGACUUCGAAUCCAGGAGGCAUUUGGUAUUGAUGUUGCUUCCAGAAAUGAAAGAUGAAUAUGAUGAGCUUCAUGAGAUGCUUAUUGAUAGAUCUCAGUUAUUAGCUGAAUCUUUUGAGUACAUUGCACGUGUAGAUCCUGAUACUCUUCGUGGUGGAUUAUUCAUGGAGUUCAAAAAUGAAGAAGCUACAGGUCCUGGUGUCUUACGUGAAUGGUUCUUCUUAGUUUGUCAAGAAAUCUUUAAUCCCCAAAAUGCCCUUUUUGUUGCUUGCCCGAAUGACCGAAGAAGAUUCUUUCCCAAUCCAGCAUCUAAAGUGGACCCAUUGCACCUUGAAUACUUCAACUUUGCAGGAAGAAUAAUCGCAUUAGCUUUAAUGCACAAAAUCCAAGUUGGAAUUGCAUUCGAUCGAUCAUUCUUCUCACAAUUAUCAGGAAACACAAUCUCUCUAGAAGACAUAAAAGAUGCAGAUCCAUACUUAUACAGCAGCUGCAAACAGAUAUUAGACAUGGACCCCACUACAGUUGACGAAGAUGCCCUUGGGUUAACAUUCGUUAGAGAAAUUGAAGAACUAGGAUCAAGAAAAGUUGUGGAGCUUUUUGCAGAUGGAAAAAACAUUGUUGUGAAUAGUAGAAACAGGAAGGAGUAUGUUGAUCUUCUUAUCGAGCAUAGGUUUGUGACAUCUGUUUCAGAACAGGUGUCAUAUUUUGCUAAAGGGUUUACAGAUAUUGCUGGAGAAGAAAAAAUAAGGAAAUUGUUUUUUAAAAGCUUAGAAUGUGAGGAUCUUGAUGGAAUGUUGUAUGGAAGUGAAAGUAUUAUUUCAGUGGAAGAUUGGAAGAAGCAUACCGAGUAUUAUGGGUAUAAGGAAACUGAUCCUCAAAUAUCAUGGUUAUGGGAGAUUAUUGAAGAAAUGACAGGGAAUCAGAGAAAAGUGCUUCUGUUCUUUUGGACAUCUUUAAAACAUCUACCAAUAGAAGGUUUUGGUGGAUUAGCUUCAAAGCUUUACAUAUACAAAACCAAUGAUUCAAUAGAGCUUCUUCCAUCUUCUCACACAUGUUUUUAUCGAAUUUGUUUCCCAUCUUACCCUUCAUUGGAUAUCAUGAGAGAACGCCUAAAUAUCAUCACUCAAGAUCAUGUGGGAUGCAGCUUUGGAACAUGGUGAAAUUAAAAAAAAAAAAAAAAAAGGUGAAAUUUUGAGCUAGUUUGUUUGUUCUCUGUUUGUAAAGGUAAUAAUAGAGUAAGUUUAUGUUGAAGUUUUCUGUUUUGACUGAGUUGACUCGACUGUCAUUAGGUCUUGGGGUAUAUCAUGUCUAUAACUAGGUAUAUAAUAUAAUAUAACUAUAUAUAUUAUGAAUAAAGAUUGGAAUUAGGUGGGUUUUUUUUUUUAUGUUUUAACUGCAUUAUCUUUGGUUAUUGUUGGGGACUUUUUUUUAUUGAUAGGAACAUGUAAAUUGCUUACAAAUGUAAGUUGGUUGUUAUUAUGGGUAAAUGAAUAUAAGUAUGUUAUUGUGGAUGAA